AUUUCUUAAUUGUAUAAAAUAUAAACAUUUCUUGAGGCAAAGUGAAAAAACUCAGACAAUAAUGUUUAUCGGAAAAAUACGGAGACAUAUGUACAUAUCUACAUAAGGGCUGAUAUGUUGUAUAGGAAUGUUGACGGAAAUGAGGUACCAUAUUAUUAUGAAAUAUAAUAACGGAAACGUAUUGUUAUAAAGUCUGGCAAUGCAAAUAAGGAAAUAAAAAUUAUACGACUACUUAAUUGAAUUCUAUAUACAGUAUGUCCGAUAUUAAUAAUAAAUCAUCAAUGAGCAAUCUGCAUCUCCCAACAACAACAACCGUCGGUCAAAUGCUAGCUCCUGCAAACACUGCCCCACAAAAACUUAAUUCAGGUUCCGCUACUGGCAAUCCACGUAACAAAUGCGCGCUCAAGCCUGGUCACUCGCUAAUGGAUUGGAUACGACUUGGUAACUCAGGCAUAGACUUAGCAGGCACACGUGGUCGUGUAACGCCUAUAAAUAGCGACGAGUUGGCACGACAUAAUACUCGCGAGGAUGCUUGGAUGGCGAUUCGUGGCAAGGUGUACAAUGUGACGCGUUACAUGGAUUUUCAUCCUGGUGGUGUUGACGAGUUAAUGCGUGGCGUUGGACGCGAUGCCACAAAACUCUUUGAUGAGGUACAUGCCUGGGUAAACUAUCAACAAUUGUUGGUGAAAUGCUUUAUUGGUCCACUGCGUACGUUGUCUAAAAUGAGUUCUAUACCAGAAGGGAGAACACCAGUUCCCACAGCUAUCUUUGAAACACCGUCCAGUAACAAACCGGUAACCACAAACACCGAAAUUGUACCACGUUUUGACUGGAUACAGAAACGACAAGACCUCACAAUCUACAUUUAUACUCGCCAACUUUGCAAUCCUGGUCUGCUGUUGCGCCGAAAAUGUGCUAAGCUACUACAACUGCAGGUGCAAAUAAACAGUACUCAACAUAUAUUUGAAUUCGAGCUGCAUGAAGAAGUAGAUUGGCCACCGAAGUCGGUGCGUGUUGGUAGUGAGACAGGUAAAAUCGAAUUAUCGGUCACUAAAGUAGAGCCUGCUCUAUGGCCAACGUAUGGGGCACACACUGUAUCGAAAGGUGUAAUGGGUGAAACGGAGGAUUUGGAGUAUGAAUAUGAAGUUGUAAAAUGUACGGAUUUUAAUCAUGAUUCAUUCGUGUUAUGCUUGCGUGGCAUACAAGAAACAUUGAUGGUGCUACCCGUUGGCUAUCACAUGAUUGUGGCGGCGCUAAUAAAUGGCGAAUUGACCCGUCGCAGUUACACACCUGUUCCAGCCAAAUUUCUGCCACAACCUCGCACUGACAAUGAAAGCAAUAGUACAAAUUUAAAUUUCCUUAUUAAAAGCUACGCUGAGGGCACACUAUCGAAGCAUUUGCGUCAGAAGCAAAUCGGUCAGAUGUUAUUACUAUCAACACCACAUGGCAAUUUUCAUCUACAACGUUUACUACCUCAUCGUCAAAUAGCUCUUAUUGCUGCUGGCAGUGGUUUGACGCCUAUGCUAAAUUUGGUUGAACAUUUGCUUAAGCGAAAUGCAAACCGAAUCGACUAUUUACGUUUAAUGUACUUCAAUAAAACAUCCGCAGACAUAUGGUGUCGCGGUGAGCUGGAACAGCUGCAAAAAACUGAUGAGAGAUUCCAAUUGGUGAAUGUGCUUUCCGCAGCCGACGCAGAAUGGACGGGUUUACGUGGACGGAUAUGCAUCGAGCUACUCGCACCUUUAAUAACGAAAAACACACCAGAAUAUGCCAGUUUUGUGGCUGUAUGUGGACCUAACGCAUUUAGUCAAGCAGCUCAGGACAUAUUGCAGGAGUUGAAAUUUAAUUUGGAAAAUUUACAUAUUUUUCAAGGUUGAAUAAAGUCGCUGUAUUUAUAUAAAACAUUAAGUUGAAAAGUGGACAAAUUAGUAUAUAAAUGUAGUACAUUAUUAUUGUUGUUAUUUUAGUUUUGUCAAUUUUUUCUAUCUAUGUACUUAGAAAAUGUAUUGUAAUUUCGAAUCAGAUUUUGUAAAAAUAUAUGUGACUAAACAUCUAGAUCAAACCUUAACCUUUCCGUUCCGAUGACCGCCGGGUCGACGUAAGCGGAAAGUCUACGGAUUUUCAUGCGGUCAAGAACUGUCAUCUUGGAAAUAUUCUUCAAGGAAUAUCUUCUGACGCUACAACAAUAUCAAACUAGAAAUGAUCUUACUGAUAAUAAAAAAAAAAUAAUAGUUUCCAAUUUAAAAAUAUUCAUUAUCGACUCUUUAUUAUUUAAUUAACUUUCAUGUACAAUUUUUCCUUCCUCUUUUGUUUAUCGUUAAAUAUUUUUGUUUUUAUGUUUAGGUAUAUAAUUUAAUAAAUUUUUAACAAAUCACUAGAAGUAGCAAAAAACAUACUACAAAUACACAACACACCACUUCUAGCAGAAUAUCAUGAAGUUUUAAAGUAUUUAAAGACAGUGUUAGAUUUUUUCAACGAAUGCGUUACGUUAAGGCGACUCACUUUGCUUUACCGCUUCUAAAAAAUAAAAUUAUUAAGUAAAUAAAAACACAAUUGAUUGUUUCCUUCCUAAAAAUCAUCAUUAAGUAUGCAUUGCAAGAUACUUUUAGAAUUGUUGCGUGUAAAUAAGUGGGUGUAUGUGU